AUGCACUUUGGCUUAAGUCAAACAGCCCCCGCAUUUCACCUCAUUGUCCAAGAAGGUUCCAAUGGCGAAGUCUACAACAUGGUCAUCCGGGGUGCCGACAUUGGUGGCUCGGAUGGCAUUGAUAUUACCGGAACGAAUCACUAUGUCCACGAUGUGAUGGUGACCAACCGGGACGAAUGCGUCACGGUCAAAUCACCUGCUCACAAUAUCCUCGUCGAGAACAUUUGGUGCAAUCAAUCUGGAGGGUCUGCCUUUGGAAGCCUGGGAAUCAACACCAACAUCUCCAAUAUCGAGUACAACAAUGGAGGAAACGGUACCGUCUCCAAUGUUCUCUUGCAAAACUUUAUCUCGCGUGGGACGGCAUACGGGCUAUACAUCAACCAAUACUGGGCAUCUAUGAAGCCUCUAGAAGGUCCAGGUGUCAAAAUUUCCAACAUCGCAUUCACCAACUGGAACGGCGACGUGGUGAAUGGCGACAACCGUCCUCCCAUUGCGCUCAUUUGCGCGGACGGCGCACCCUGCCCGAACAUCGCACUCACAGACGUCAACAUGUGGUCACAGACAAAUAAGGCAAUCUACAAAUGCGAGUCGGCGUUUGGGACUGGCGUUGGAUGUAUCAAGUCGGCCACACCGAGCUCGUAUGCUGUCGUGACGGUCACGCCAACGAGACCGUCCGGAUACUCUACACCAACGACAAUGCCAGGUGAUUUGACAGUUGGAUUCCCCGCGACAGCCUCGAUUCCUGUACCGACCACCAUACCCACUUCAUUCUUCCCUGUUAUUGCAGCGAAGAGUAAACUCAUGUCCCUCCAAACGUCCUCGACAAUGGUUCAAGCGGUAACUGCACAGGCGACGUCGACGGCCAAGACGUCUACUUCACCAACAAAGACGUCAACUUCGGUCAAGGCAACCUCAACAACCGUGAAUCCUGGUAUUGUUACCCGCUAUGCUCAGUGUGGAGGUAUCGGCAAGUAUAAUCCUUGA